AUGGUCUGCUCUUAUGCUCACUGGGAUACAGGCCGGCUGGCGAGCCACUUUCAGCAACGUGGCACUUGCAUGGCAUGGAAGGUUCUCGGGUACUGUGGCCGGGGUGGGGGUUGUUGGUACGAGCACAGACUCACGGGGGUGACAGGGUUGUACCAGGGCACCAUCGAACUCACCGGGAGCGAACUUCAAAUUGCCGACGCCGCGUCCAAGGCAGGCUUCGACACUUUCAGACAUGAAGCUCUGUUCGAGCUCAUAUGGGCGGUGAAAAGAAUAGCAUUGCGAUCAGGUUCCUGCCAGUUCAAAUCACUCCCGAUGCCACGGGACCUCAUCUACCCUGACAGAUAUCGACCCAAUAGAGUCGGAGACAAUACCAACACAAAGAGAAAGAGAAAGGCUAUGGCCAAGAAACAGGCCGCAUCCAGCUUGAUAGAGCUGAAGUUCCACCCAAUCCCGCCUUUGAUGAGGAAAAGGACCGUGAAGAGCAGACUGGAGGAGGGCGACCUCAUAGAGCUGUCAUAUUCCGACAACGAGAUCACGAUGGACUUUGGCGACACUACCGCCGGCGGCGGCGGCGAACCAAAGCGGCAAAAAGUCUCAGGCAGCCAGAAUUGCCAAAACAUAGCUGCCCCAGUAUCUACGCAGUCCAACAAUCGCCGUAAGGGCAUCUCAUCCGCAGCAACAGGCUCGAAUGCCGUGCCCCUGGUUGGUGGCAAACGCUCGAAUGCCAAAGCUCUCAGAGAUCCUCCAACCUCUAUUGCUCCCGUCGCUCGAGCAUUGACAGUAGAAGGCGAGAUCUCGAAGCAACUGCUCCUCGUCAAGACCAACCUAGAGGAUGCAAGGAAGAAUAUGAACAAUUGUCAGGCAACGAUGAAGGCGCUCUUUGAUGUCCACCAAGAAAAGUUCGAUGACGAUGAAACCAUGGCUGCACUGCGGAAACUCAGCGAGUGUAUGAAUAAAGUGUUCGAUGGAGGAAAGGAGGGAGCUUGUGAGAUUGACAAGGUUGUUGCAUGGCUGAGUGACAGAAAAGACAACAUUCUGUAG